GCGAGGUAAGCGCGACUCGGGCCUUCCGGGGCAUGGCCACCCGGGCGGGGGCCGGGGCUGCGGUCGCCGGCGCCGCCGUGGUCGCGGUACUCUCCGCCGCGCUCGUGCUCUACGGGCCGCCGCUGGACGCAGUUUUAAAAAGAGCAUUUUCGCUGCAUAAAGCACACUCAGUAAAGGAUAUGGAAAAUACUUUACAGUUGGUGAGAAACAUCAUCCCUCCUCUAACCACCCAGAAGCACAAAGGGCAAGACGGGAGGAUAGGCGUGGUCGGAGGCUGCCGAGAGUACACUGGAGCCCCCUAUUUUGCAGCAAUCUCGGCGCUCAAGGUGGGCGCGGAUUUGUCCCACGUGUUCUGCACCCAGGAGGCCGCGCCCGUGAUCAAGUCCUACAGCCCGGAGCUGAUUGUCCACCCGGUUCUUGACAGCCCCGAUGCCGUCCGUGCCGUGGGAGAGUGGCUGCCCCGCCUGCACGCCCUGGUCGUGGGGCCUGGCUUAGGCAGAGACCAUGUCCUCCUGGAAAACGUCAAGGGCAUUUUAGAAGCGUCGAAGGCCAGGGGCGUCCCCGUCGUCAUCGACGCGGACGGGCUGUGGCUGAUCGCACAGGAGCCGGCCCUCGUCCAAGGCUACCAGAAGGCCGUCCUCACCCCCAACCAUGUGGAGUUCAGCAGACUCUCCGAGGCCGUGCUGGGAGACCCCCUGGAUGGCAGGGACCGCCGUGGAGCCGUGCUGAGACUCAGCCAGGCCCUGGGGAACGUCACCGUGGUCCAGAAGGGCGAGCAGGAUGUGAUCUCCGAUGGCGCACAGGUGCUCGAGUGCAGCCAUGAGGGCAGCAGCCGCAGGUGUGGGGGGCAGGGGGACCUCCUGUCGGGCUCCCUGGGCGUCCUGGUGCACUGGGCCCUCCGCGCCGGCCCCAGCAAGACAGAUGGGCCCAGCUCCCUCCUCGUGGCUGCCUUGGGCGCGUGCGCCCUCACGCGGCAGUGCAGCCGCCAGGCCUUCCAGAAGCACGGCCGCUCCACCACCACGACCGACAUGAUCGCGGAGCUCGGGCCCGCCUUCAGCCGACUCUUUGAAGACUGAGCCGCCCCGCACCCACGGGAACCCACCGACGGGAACCCACCGGCUCUGCGUCUGGGCCGCGCAGGCGGAUGGAGGCCACAUCGGCACCUGGGACUUGGCACUUUCGGCUCAGACGCACGUGCCCGCGGGGUGUUAAGAUGGGAAACAACGCACCCCGACCUUUCCUGGCUUCUCAGCCGUGUCAGAAAAGCAUGAUGGGAACCGCAGGAGGCGGCGGCCUGCCGAGGGUCAGCAGCGCUGCUUCUGCCCGCAGGAGAGGCUCCCCUCAGAGGAAUCCACCCUCAUUCGCAGUGUUUUCUAACUUGAGGUCCCCAAAGGAGGUGCCAUUCAUUUAGCUCAUUUCUGUUUUUUUAGUGAUUAGGUUGGAAGUACCUGGGCAGAAAUAUUAAGCAUGGGCUUUUUUGGUUAAUUGAAAUAUUUCAGGAUAAUCAGUGGUCUGCUGGAACCUAGAAAUCCUUUGGGGGGGCACCUGGGAAAUCCCAGGAGGAGGUGAGGGGGCCCUGACCCCAAGCAUGGGGCUGGGCGGGGCUCCGGGAUGCCUCCCACUCCCACCUCUCUGUGUCUGUGGACAGGUCACAUGGUGGGCGGGCACCCAGGCUCCGAGUGUGGGGUCUGGUGGAGGUGGCCUCAUGGGGUCCUGAUGCUGUCCUCAUGCCUGCUGCUGCCAGGGCCCUCUGCUCCCACAGGCCAAGGCCCGAGCAAUGUCCCCAUCCCGUUGCUGGGUCAGCUCGUGCGUGCUUGUCUGCAGGAGGAGAGGGUCUCUUGGUGGCUGGGUUACUUUCUGCUGUUGCUUUUCUCCGCGGGGCGGGUUGGGGCGGGUCCCAGCGCAGCCUCUGACUGCGUUUGAUGCCGCCUUCUGCAGGCGGGGCCGUGGUGCCCGCGCUGUGGUCAGACGCCUCCCCCCAAAGGCGCCCUUCUUUAAACAGCUGUGAGCGCUGUAAGUUCACUUCUGUGUGUAGAAAAGCUUCGCUGUCGUCGUAUGGGGACUUCUCCAGCAAACACCGCCAGGGACGUUCUCACCUUCGGAGAAUCACACCUGCAUCAUGGUCACUAUUAAAGGUUUGUUUCAAAGGA